AUGGUCGACUAUUCGAAGUGGGACCAACUGGACGUCAGCGACGACGAGGACGAGGGGCGCGGGAAGCCGCGUGUGCAGCGAUACGACGCGCCCCAGACCGUGACCAUUGGUGGGAAGGAUGGGUCGUUCGAGGACGGCCCUUCGGGCAACGCGGCAGACGACGACGAGCCCAUGGAGGUGGCCGACGAGGACUUGGCCGCCGCGGGCCCGGGCGCCGACCACCGCGAGGAGGUGCUCCAGUGCCGCGAGCUGGGGGAGCGGGCGCUGCGCAGGGGAGACACGGCCGAGGGCGUGCGCCUGCUCGAGAAGGCGCUGAGGCUGGCCGGCGGAGCCGAGUGCCCUGGCCUCCAGGACCUCCUGGCGUCCGCCCACAGGCAGGCCGCCGGCGCGGCCACGCCAGGCGCGGCGCAGCCGCAGCAGGAGGCGCGACGCGCCAACGGCGGGACGGUUGCCGACCGGUACUGCUGGAGCCAGACGCGGGACUCGCUGCAGGUGAACGCCUUCGUGCCCGAUGGCACGGCGGCCAGGGACGUGCGGGUGCAGGUCACCGAGACCUCCCUGACCGUGUCCGUGGGCGCCUCCGUCGUGCUGGGCGGCGACUGGGAGCACAAGGUCGCGCCAGAGGAGGACCCGGACUGGGAGAUGAAAGCGUGCGGUGGCCGACGGUCCAUCCAGCUGACGGUUAGGAAAGCUGAGGUCGGCGGCCUCAUCAUAUGGUGGAAGCGCGUGCUCAAGGGGGAGCCGGCGAUUGCGGCGGAGGACAUCGAGGACCGGAGGGCGGACAAGGCGGAGGAUUUCGCCAAGGUCUGGGCAGAAGCCCAUGAGAUGUUCCGCCAAAAGGUGAAGGAGCGGCAGCCCAUUUUGAUAAACGCUGACGGGGCAACAGGGGACAGCGUCACUGCAAUGGAGACCUGA